CUCGCACCAACAAAAACUCAACCAAAUAACUAACUCCUACGUUGACCCCCCCCCCCCUCGAAAAAUUAACAUGAAGACCACUACCAUCGCCAUCACUGUUGCCACUGCUCUCGCUAUCUCCACACCCACCCUCGUCAAAGCCGAGACCUGCGGUACUAUGACUCUCGUCUUUAAAUUGCUCCCGCUACUAUCUGACGCCAAGACGUGCGCCGACGAUACGGGAUACACCAUCUACCCAUUCACCGGCAAGCCCACAGAGCAGCAGAUGCCAGCAAUUUGUGCCAACCCGACGUGUACGGGUGUGUUGCAAGAUGCCAUCGACAGCGACCUGCCGGACUGCACGAUCGACUUUGAGGCAACGCAGCUGAACGUGCGAACGGAAUUGACAGCAUACGCCACGCGAUGUGGAGUGUCCGAGUCGCGCAAGAAGAUGCUGCGUGCAUAAGAAUCAGUAAUAGCAGCUACAGAUUGAUACAAUAAACACAACUUGGCUAGA